AUGCAGUUUCGCAACCAUUCUCUCGUCGGCUCAGCAGCUGAAAUCCCCAUCAGCGAGUCGAAUCCCGUCAUUUCAUUCAGCCCAGUUGUUCUUCCAAGUUCAGAUCGGCAUGUAGAUUUGCAGCUACGCGUGUCUUUCCCGCCGACUGGCAAUGCUCUCCCCAUUGUCCUCCUCUCCCACGGCCACGGCAGAAGCAACUACCUCUCCUCGCUAGAAGGAUACGGGCCUCUGGCAGACUUCUUGGCUGGGCAUGGAUUUGCAGUGAUUCAACCGACCCAUUUGAGCUCGAAGUCACUGGGAAUCCAGCUGGACGCCGAGAACCACCGGGACCUUUUCCUUGACUCCCGCGCGCGAGAUAUGACCAGAGUACUGGAUGAGCUCGAUGCCAUUGAGUCGGCCGUGCCGCUGCUGAGUGGGCGGCUUGAUAGGGACAGAGUUGCUGUUAUAGGGCACUCUCUCGGCGGCCUGACGGCGAGCGCACUACUCGGUGCCACCAAUACGGACCCUCGCGACGGCACAGUGUCUCGACUUGUCGAAAACCGUAUUAAAACUGGUGUUGUUUUCGGUGGCAUCGGUAACGCUGGCGCGGAUCUCUCUGAGUCUGGACGGAGCCUUAUCCCAUUUGCCGGCCCGGACUUCAGUCAGAUGGACAAACCUGCGCUCAUCGUGUGGGGCGAUAUCGAUGUGAGCCCUCAUCUGUCAAGUCGCGGCGCCGAUUGGCAUGCCGACCCUUACAGUCUCUCGCCAGGCCCCAAGGCUUCAUUCAUGGUGAAAGGCGGACACCACGGGUUUGGGGGUAUUAGCGGAUGGGAUGCUGGAGAGACUCAAGAUGAGAGCCCCGAGAGACUGCAAGCUGUGCUCAGGAUCACGUGGGCCUAUCUGCGAAGUCAGUUCUAUGAAGAGGAUCUCUCAUGGGAAGCGGCUUGCAAGGCGCUUCAGGAAUUGCCUGAGCUGGGGCAUAUAGAGACGAAAUGA